AUGAAAGCAGGAAAAUCUCUGCCUAAACCGUGGAAGGUGUCACUGCAAAAACCGCGAAGUUACUUUCAACUUCAAUGGGAACGCCAGCAACAGAUGCAACUUUUGGUGAUAGAGAAUGAAUCCGAACUUGAAAUCAAGACACAUGUGGAAGACCUUGUUACUUUGGAGGACCAACUGAGUGAAGCCCAACAGGAUUACAUUGAGAUGCAACAGGCUAGAAGGAGGAAUCUGACCACUUCCCAGAUAAUGCGGCUUGAGCAAGCACCAGACACCAUUGCAUUCUUGCAAGAGGAAAUCAAUCAAGUUAUUAACAAACUUGGUUCAGAUAGGUAUCAAGAUCUAAGUGGUGUAUCAGGAAAGUUAUCUGAUCCAGAGACCAAUGCUCUGAUGAAAUUGGUUGUCAGCAAGUCUAAGCUAUAUGAGGCCAAAGUAGUUGUUAUGGAGCUUCAAAGGCGGUGGGAUCAAAGGUCCUCAGGUUAG